AAUUGCGCAUCGGGUCUUUCAGCCGGGCGGUCUUGUCACAGACUCACUGCACUGCUGCAUCGCUGCAUCUGGGCUUGAAGGAUGUAAGGGAUGGCGGAUAUGCACGGUAGUAAGUACCGUGCAUGGUUUUUUUUUUUUUUUUUUUUUUUUUUUUUUCUACUCCUUUAUUUUUUUCUUCUUAUCUUCCUCGAUCAGUCAUUUUAUUCCUUUCUUUUGUUUUUUUUUUUUUUUUUUUUUUUUUUUUUGUCAGAUUUGUCUCGGGGUACGGUACAGAGUACAGCAAGAGAAGAACACUCAGCUGUCACGCAGCGACAAUCCUACCGAAAGUCAGAAGUCAGGUCAGGCAGCAGAAAUGUGACCAGCGCAAACGUACAGAUGUUCAUCACGCACACACACACCGUCAUUCUAUUCUCGUCCAAGUACAUGGUGUCCGUUGUCUGUUGGAGGGUUGCAUCUUGCAGCCGCCAUGACAAAUUCCCUGCAUGAGAGGGUACUGUGGCUGUGGCUGAAGCGGAGACUGCGGCUGAGAUGUAGUUGCACCGCCACCGUCUUUCCCUGUUCGGUAAAUAGUACACAGGCAUCAAUUUCAGCCCCUGAAUGAAUCCAUAGAACUGUAAAACUCUGAACUCCAAAACCCAAGAGGAUGGAAUGGCACAUCGUACAGUUCCGGUAAACCUUAUGCCCGGCGACAAGUUGCUAGUGCAUGGGGCAUACAAUUCAAAUCAGAUGCCGCCGUCUAGUAUGGAGU